CGCUUCUAAUAGAGUGAAACGCGAGCCAGUUUCCAGUCGAGUCAGAGUGUUGAGCUAGAGCUAGAGCUAGAGGCGCUUGGCAGGAUCAAAGACUCAAGAUGUCUACUGAAUUGGAGGACAAUGCGACACUACUGGAGGAUAUAGUAAGCAAUGAGACGAAUAUGACCGGCAGAGGUGCAGCAACACCUCAGGGAAUUGCCUUGACCUAUGCCAGCCUGUUCCUGAUGGCUCUGGGCCCCAUUGUACUCGGUGCCUUUCGCUCAGUACACUACCACUCAGGACUCAAGAAACGAGGUGAAGAAGCCAGUGACCGCAUAGCCAUGAGGGAUGCAGCGACAUUUCCAUUGUACGCUAGUGCUGGAUUGUUUGGACUGUAUAUUUUCUUCAAGUUUAUUCCCCGUGAGUAUGUUAGUCUGACCCUGCGCUCGUUCUUCCUCAUACUGGGCAUCAGUGGUCUGGCCAGAGCGUGCAGUGCUCUGCUGGACCCAUUCAUCCCUGAGUUCAUCACCUCUCGACUCACCAGCUACCACCUUCGUCUCACCGUCAAACCACCUAGAGGAGAACAAGAGGAGUCAUCAUUCCAGUUCCACACUGGAGACAUCGUCAUGGCAGUGGGGGCACUGAUAGUCGGGAUCACUUACUUUUUCACCAAUCAAUGGCUACUUAACAACAUGUUUGGUCUUGCCUUCUCCCUGAAUGCCAUUGAGCUCAUCUCUCUGGACAGCAUCAGUGUUGGCUGUCUCCUUCUGGGUGGACUCUUUGUCUACGACAUCUUUUGGGUGUUUGGUACUGAUGUCAUGGUAACCGUUGCCAAAGGAUUAGACGCUCCCAUCAAAUUGAUGUUCCCCAUGGACUUUCUUGAGAAGGGACUGGCUGCUCAAAACUUCGGAAUGCUGGGUCUUGGAGACAUUGUGGUACCAGGACUCUUUAUCGCUCUGCUCUGUCGCUUUGACUAUCAGAAUCACCCUAGCAAAUGUCGUGUAUACUUCUACACUGGGUUUGUGGCCUACAUUAUUGGCCUCGGCACCACCAUUGCUGUGAUGCAUGUGUUCAACGCUGCCCAACCAGCCCUCCUCUAUCUAGUGCCCUCCUGUCUCGGCCUCCCGUUUCUGGUAGCUCUCAUCAGAGGAGACCUGUCUGACCUACUCAAGUACAAGGAUUAUCCUGAUAAGCCUGCAGAGGAGAAAUCAAAGAAUGAAGAGUCAAGCAAGGACUCCAAAAAGCAUGAAUAGUUAGCUCCUGAACACAGUUUAGGUUAUUAUAGAGCAUUUUGGGUUAACCGCAUUUUGUAUCAACAAGUUAUUCAUUGAAAUUUUCAUGUCCGGGUGCAGAUGUGCCCCGCCCACAUUCCAA